AUACAUGCAGAUUUAUAUAAUUAAAGUCGUGUGUAUUGAAGUUGUUAACAUUAUAUAUAUAUAUACAUUUUUUGGAGUAAAGCAUUUGAUGUAAGUUUUUAAAGUAUUUAUUGGACUUUAUUAGAGUGUUCUACUAUAUGAGUUCAAGCUUUUACACCAGACAUAGCCAUUAGUUAUGUUUUAACUGUCAUUAGUGAUACAUCUUUUGCUAUUGGUUAAUACAUGUGACAGUGAGAAUCCAUUUCUUACUGCUUUGGCUUCUCUUUUGUGAUUUCUUGCUAUAUAUAAUAAAACUUAUAGGGUAACUCUUGAUGUUAUAUUCUGUUGCGCUAUGUGUUUUAUUUCUGCUGCAAUUGCUGUAGUAGUUAUAACAUAUAUAUCAUAGGAAAAGUAGUGUUCUAGAGGGUGUAUACACUCCCACUACAACAGGGGCUGGGCAUUUUCUCAGUCCAUUCCCUCUCUCAGUCACUCAGGUAUGGAGAUUGCUUUUUUAUUUUAUAUUUUAAUUUCUUUUCUGUUUUUUUCUUUCUUUCUUUUGUUUUGGUGAGUUUUGUGCAAUAACUAUUUCAGGUUAUAUAAUGAGCGGUUAGGUAUGAGAUAUGAGCGAAAUCCAUACUGGAGCUUUCCGUGGACUUCUCCUAUUACAAGUUUUAAUUGUCAGUUUGUUAAUUAUAUAUGUAUAUUUAUUUAUGCUUACCAUUCAUUAUUUGAAAAUUAUUCUCAAGUGAUGAUGAUGUGUUUACUUGUUCUGUCAUCGUGCAGAGAUUGACCACAAAGAUGUACCAUUUGUUAUUUUAAUGGAUGUUCUUACCUAUCGAGAGGAAUUUGGGCUACAAUUUCUUGACAGGCUCUCUUACACCCCCUGCUUCACAUCAGACCAUGGGUCGUCCUCAACCUGGAUAUGGAAUGCCUAGCAAUGCUUCAAGAAGGCUUGAUGAAACUAUGGCUACAAAAAUUGAGAGUUUGACCUUGUCAAGCAUGGAGGCUAUGCAGAAUGUUCUGGAACUCCUAAGUGACAUGCUAAAGGCAGUAAAUCCUGGUGAUUCUGCGGCUGUAAAAGAUGAAGUGAUAGUUGAGCUUGCCAUUCUGUUCAGGCUGAUGCACGUUUAAGAGAAGAGCUCAAAAAAGGAAAGUGGCUAUGGGGGAUUCCCGAGACAUUUUGCAUCUUAGAAAAGGCCUCCUGAAAGCAGUUUUGGGUCAUCUUGAGUGGCAGGAAUGGGCAUCUGAGCAUUGUUCAGCACCUUUUCGAGCUCUUGAGUUGUGGGAUUGUCCAAGUAAUGCAGAUAUCGAUGAGAGAGCUGAUAUUUGGUCAUUAGGAUGCACUUUAGAUGCGAUAAUGUGAUAAUGUUUUUUACCAUGUGAUUUAAGAUUUAUUGGUUUAAGUUUUCGGGUCUUUGUCUCGUGAGAGCUAUAAUAUAAUUUGAUGACAGUGUUGAAUGUUUUGAACUAAUUUGUGGAUUGUUAAUACAAUGUUGAAUGCUUUUUACUUUUUGUUAUUUGAAAAUCAAGUUCAUUUGA